GAGGCGUGUAGAGCGGCCGGCGCAUUUAUUGGACGGUGGAGCUCAGUCGGCAGUCGCCACUUGUCCGUUGUUCUGUUCCACCUUCGUCAUGCCUUUUUUAGACCUUGAAAGCAACAUUCCCACCACCAGGUUCACCGACGACUUUGUUAAAAAGCUCUGCUCCUCUGCAGCCGAGAUAUUAUCAAAGCCCGAGGAGAGGAUCAAUGCAGUAGUGAAGGGUGGGCUGCCAAUGCAGAUCGGGGGCUCCAUGGAACCCUGUGUCAUCCUCACAGUUUCAGCAGUUUCUGUGUUGGGCACAGCUGAGCAGAACAAGGAGCACAGUGCCAGACUCUUCCAGUUCCUCAUGAAAGAGCUACAGCUGAGUGAAGACAGGAUUGUUCUGCGUUUUUGUCCCCUGGAAACCUGGCAGGUUGGGAAGAAAGGAACUGUCAUGACUUUCCUUUAGAAGCCUGAAUUCACAAGAUUAGAAUACUAAAGCAAAUAAAAUCCCUCAUAGGGAAUCUCUUGUAAAACUGAAAUAAGUGAAAAAUGUUAAGAGUGCCUUCAUUGUGUAUUAAAGCAAACACAAAUAUCGGGUUAAAAAAAGGCUUCCUACACUUCAUUUGAAUUCACAGGUACAGUAAUCAAGAAGAAAAUAUUCUAGUAAGCAAUUUAAUGUAUGUAAAACAUUCAUGAUUGGACCCAAAGUUGUUUAGCUUCAUUAUGAAUUGAGUUGCUCAAAUAGCACCAUUCUUAGACUAUGAUCAAAUUGUAAAGACAGAGUAGGUUUCUUGGAAAAACACUAUUUGGCAUAAAUGAUUUAAAAAACCCUAUAUUGGUAAAGAAGGUUACACUUUGUCUUUAAUACGCUAAGCCCUUUAAAGUUUGGGCAUAGGUUGAUUUUUAAGGAAAUGCUGAUUUCAUUAAAUCUUAUCUGUAUGUGAACGGCUGUAUGAUUCUCCAUAAAGCUUAUAAUUUGAAUAUCCCACAUCUUAUUAGAGUAUUUGUCAAUGUUUAAAAACCAAUAAUGUGCAUCAUAAAAAAACUUUUUAGACAUAGGAAAGGUGAUUAACAGUUCAUUACAUUUCCAGAACAACUUGUUUGUUACAUGUUGUAUCUUAGGACUGGAGAAACGCAAGGUGUUUGCUGAGAUGAAUCCUUGUUCAAACACAAUUCGUGGAUGCAUAUUUAUCAUUUGACACAAAUUAUGAAUGUGUGACAUUAGAAUUCAACUAUUAUCUGUUCCUUGCCAUACAGAAAAUGAGUGACUAAGUUUGUUACACAAAGAGAAUUAUCUGUGAUUAAAAUAGGUAACCUUC